ACGAUAUCCGACACCUGACGGUCACGUGACCGUGGGAAGGGGGCUCGCGUGAAGACCCCUGAUCCCGGCAGGUUGGAUCAAAACGACUCGCAGUCGUCAGCGGGGGGGACAGCACUCGCGGGACAUCGCGCUCCGUCACGCGCGCAGCUUCCACCCAUGGAGGCGCAGCUGAGCCCGAGAGUGACGGCGGCAGCUGCGGACCUGAGAGGCGCGAGGAGGACGCGCUCUCCUCCAGAGGCAGCGAGCGCGCGGGCCGAGUAGCAUGGGAGCGCCAGCAUGUUGUCCAGGAAAGGACUCAUUCCCGAGGACUACCUGCUGACGCGGCUGGCCGAGGACGUCCUGCAGCCCAAGUUCAAGGCCAAACCCCGCAAGGCUCGAUUCGUGGCCAAGAACGGCACCUGCAAUGUGGCGCACACCAACAUCCGGGAGCAGGGCCGCUUCCUGCAGGACGUCUUCACCACCCUGGUGGACCUCCGGUGGCUGCACACGCUCAUCAUCUUCACCAUGUCGUUCCUGUGCAGCUGGCUGCUCUUCGGCAUGAUCUGGUGGCUCAUCGCCUUCGCGCACGGGGACCUGGCCGCGCGCGGGGACGACGGCGCCUUCGUCCCGUGCGUCACCGACAUCCACUCCUUCUCCUCCGCCUUCCUCUUCUCCAUCGAGGUGCAGGUGACCAUCGGGUUCGGCGGUCGCAUGGUGACGGAGGAGUGCGUGUCCGCCAUCUUCGUCCUGAUCGCGCAGAACAUCGUGGGGCUGCUCAUCAACGCCAUCAUGUUGGGCUGCAUCUUCAUGAAGACUGCGCAGGCGCACCGGCGCGCCGAGACGCUCAUCUUCAGCAAGCACGCGGUGGUGUGCGUGCGCGACAACCGCCUCUGCUUCAUGCUGCGAAUCGGGGACCUGCGCAAGAGCAUGAUCAUCAGCGCCACCGUGCGGAUGCAGGUGGUGAGGAGGACCACCACCCAGGAGGGCGAGGUGGUCCCGCUGGACCAGAUCGACAUCCACAUGGACAAUCCGAUCGGCACCAACGGCCUCUUCCUGGUGUCGCCGCUCAUCAUCUGCCACGUGAUCGACCGGCACAGCCCGCUCUACGACCUGUCCGCCUCGGACCUGCUGCACGAUGACGUGGAGGUGAUCGUGGUCCUGGAAGGCGUGGUGGAGACCACCGGCAUCACCACGCAAGCGCGGACCUCCUACGUGUCCGAGGAGAUCCUGUGGGGGCAGCGCUUCGUGCCCACCGUGUCCGAGGAGGACGGCAUGUACGCGGUGGACUACUCCAAGUUCGGGAACACGGUCAAGGUCCCGACGCCCUGCUGCAGCGCCAGAGUGCUGGACGAGGCGGGAGGCAUCGUCCAGUUUAAGCUGAGCGAGGGCGCCGCCUUGCGGCCGACAGUCAGACGACGGCGGGCGUCCACCAUCAGAAGGAAGUCGACGAAGGAGAGCUCGUGAACGGAACAUUGGAGGACAAUAACAGAGAAGAAUCUUAGUAUUUACUUUGCAAUCGAGGGUUUUUUUUCUCGUUUUUUUUAGAAAUCCAAUGGGAAAAAAAAAUCACUUAAGUUAUUUGCUUGUUUCAUACUUUUGCUACGUUUUCUGAGUGACCGCAUG